AUGGCAAAAAGAAGCUCAAAAGACUACAGAAGGACCAGGUCAAUCAAGGUUAUUAUGAGUGCUAGGGACCAGGAACUACCCAAGAGAAAGGUCUAUGACUUAAGAGACUACACAGAGUCCACUGCUGCUGAAAAAUUCGAUUCAAAUUACGCCCAAGGUGUCCCCAUCGGUAUAGAUUUUGGUGGUUCAAGAAUAAGAGCUGGCUUAACAUCUGUUCAAGAACCUGCUCAUAAUUAUGCUAAUUUAAUAUCAAAAUAUAGAGAUAGAAAGCUAAACAAGACAUUGACUUAUAUAGGGAAUGAUGUUUUUUUGGAUCCUUCUAUUAAAAACCAGGCUAAAUCUCCAUAUGAUGGUUCUUUUAUAACAAAUUGGGAUUAUGUUGAAACUAUAUUAGAUUAUACUUUUAAUCAUAUAGGCGUUAACUCUUCGGGUGGUGUUAAUAAUCCAAUCAUUUUGACAGAAAAACCAGCUGCUCCUUUAUUACAGAGGAAAAAUUUUUAUGAAUUAUUAUAUGAAACUUAUAAUGUCCCCCAGGUUGCUAUUGGUAUAGAUUCAUUAUUUUCUUAUUAUCAAAAUAAUGGUGUAAAUGGUCUUGUUAUAGGUACUGGUCAUGAACAUACACAUGUAAUCCCCGUGCUGAAAGGUCAAGGUUUACUAAAUGAAACUAAGAGAAUCAAUUGGGGUGGUCAACAAGCUUCAAAUUAUCUUGGUUCUUUAUUACAAUUAAAAUAUCCUUAUUUCCCAACAAAGAUAAAUAAUUAUCAAAUUGACAAUUUAGUUAAAGAUUAUUGUUAUGUUUCUAAGAAUUAUGAACAAGAAUUAUCCACUGCACUAGAUUUAGAUAUCUUGGAAAAAACUGAUAUAAUUGCAGAAGCUCCAUUUACUGAAGUUAUUCAACAACAAAAAACUGAAGAAGAAUUAGCUCGUCAAGCUGAAAAAAGAAAAGAAAGUGGUAGAAGAUUACAAGAACAAGCUCAACAGAAAAGAUUAGAAAAAUUAAUUCAAAAAGAACAAGAAUUUGAAUAUUAUACAAAUUUAAAAGAAAAAUUAUCAACUUUAAAUAAAAAACUUACUCAAUCAACUUUAAAAGAAGAAGGUUUCACUGGUGAAGAUGAUUUUAAUAAAUAUAUUGAAAAUUUAGAUAAAUCUUUGAAAAAGGCAAGAAAACAAGAUGUUGGUGAAGAUAAUGGUGAAGAUGAUCAACAACCUCCUUCAUUCCCAUUAGUAGAAAUCGCAGAUGAAGAAUUAAAUGAAGAACAAAUUAAAGAAAAAAGAAAACAACGUUUACUCAAGGCAAAUUAUGAUGCACGUCAAAGAGCUAAAAGAGAAAAAGAAGAAGAAAAAUUAAGAUUAUUAGAAGAACAAAAAAAAGAUGAUGAAUGGAGAGAAUCAAAUUUAAAUGAAUGGAUCCAGGAUAGAAGAUUAAAAUUAUCCAAAAUAUUUGAAGCUCGUAAAGAACGUCAAAAAUUAAAAGAAGCUUUAAAUGAUAGAAAAUCUCAUGCUGCACAAAUUCGUAUGAAAAAUAUUGCAUCUUUAGCAUCAGAUGAAAAUUCAACAAGUGGUGGUGGUUCAUCAAAAAGAAAAAGAGGUGCUGCUACAAUAGAUAAAGAUCCAAAUGAUACUUUUGGUGCAAAUGAUGAUGAUUGGGCUAUAUAUAGAGAUAUUGCAAAUGUUGAUGAUGAAGAAGCUUUGGAAGAAGAAGAAGCAAAUUUGGUAAAAAUUGAAAAAGAAUUAUUAGAAUAUGAUCCAAAUUUUACUAUAGAAGAUACUUUAGAUGCUCAAUAUGAUUGGAGGAAAAGUAUAACACAUUUAUUCCUUAGAGGGCCAAGACCUUUUAAUUCUGAAGAUUCUCAUGAACAACAUCAAAUUCAUUUAAAUGUUGAAAGAAUUAGAAUCCCUGAAGUUUUAUUCCAACCAAGCAUUGCAGGUGUUGAUCAAGCUGGUAUUAUUGAAGUUGGGGAAAGUAUUUUAUUAAAUAGAUUAUCGGGUAAAGGUUUUUCAGGUGAUAGUUAUGAUGCUCUUCAAGAUAUUUUCAUUACAGGUGGUCAAGCACAUUUUCAAAAUUUUGAAGAAAGAUUAUUUAAUGAAUAUAAAUCAUUUUUACCUGCUGAUUCUCCAUUAAAUGUUAGAACUGCCCAGGAUCCAAUAAAUGAUUCUUGGAAAGGGAUUGCUAAAUGGGUUAAAUCAGGUCAAGCUGAAAAUGCUUAUUUAAGUAAACAAGAUUAUGAAGAAAUGGGUGCUGAUUAUAUUAAAGAACAUAAUUUAGGUAAUGUUAAUGUCUUGGAACAUUGA